UGCAAGCUAUCUGAUUCAUAUAUUGAGUGCUCGAGUGAGUUACACAUGGUCUUAAUUCUCGCUACCAGCAAUGGGUCUUCUUCAGCCCCAGUUGCUAAUCCAGGGACUAAUCGCCGAACUGCAAAUUAUCAGCCUAGCAUUUGGGGCAAUAGCUUCAUCGUGAGCAACACACCUGAGGAUGAGAUAACUCUGGCCCAUAAAGAGCAGCAGUUGGAAGAUCUAAAGGAGGUAGUUAUAAGAGAGCUGAUAGCUGCAGCUAGUCACCCUUUAGAACAGCUGAAGUUUAUCGAUGCAGUUCAACGGCUUGGGGUGGCAUACCACUUUGAAAAGGAGAUAGAAGAAGCAUUACAAAAUACCUAUGAUAACUAUCAUUGCAUUGAUGACAUAAAUGAUGAUCUCUAUGAUGUUGCACUUCGAUUUCGACUAAGACAACAAGGCUUCAAUAUUUCAUGUGAUAUAUUCAACAAGUUUACGGAUGAACGAGGUAGAUUCAAGGAAGCUUUGAUCAGCGAUGUAAGAGGCAUGCUAGGCUUGUAUGAAGCUGCACAUCUGAGGGUUCAUGGAGAGGACAUACUUGCAAAAGCACUUGCUUUCACCACCACUCAUCUCAAGGCCAUGGUAGAAAGUUUAGGAUAUCAUCUUGCAGAACAAGUUGCUCAUGCCCUGAACCGGCCCAUUAGAAAAGGUUUGGAGAGGCUAGAGGCAAGAUGGUAUAUAUCUGUCUACCAAGAUGAAGCUUUCCAUGAUAAAACUUUACUAGAGCUAGGAAAAUUAGAUUUCAAUCUAGUGCAGUCACUGCACAAGGAAGAGCUAAGCAAUCUUGCAAGGUGGUGGAAAGAAUUAGACUUUGCUACAAAGUUACCUUUUGCACGAGACAGAUUGGUUGAAGGCUACUUUUGGAUGCAUGGGGUGUAUUUUGAGCCCCAAUACUUACGGGGUAGACGAAUUCUAACCAAAGUAAUUGCCAUGACAUCCAUUCUAGAUGAUAUCCAUGAUGCAUAUGGCACACCUGAAGAACUCAAGCUCUUCAUAGAAGCCAUUGAGAGAUGGGAUAUUAACAGCAUAAAUCAGCUUCCAGAAUACAUGAAACUCUGCUAUGUGGCACUCUUAGAUGUGUACAAAGAAAUCGAGGAAGAGAUGGAGAAAGAAGGAAACCAAUAUCGGGUUCACUAUGCCAAAGAAGUAAUGAAGAAUCAAGUUCGAGCUUACUUUGCCGAGGCCAAAUGGUUACAUGAAGAACACGUACCAGCAUUUGAAGAGUACAUGCGUGUUGCACUAGCAAGCUCUGGAUACUGCCUGCUUGCAACCACGUCCUUUGUGGGAAUGGGAGAAAUAGCAACAAAGGAGGCCUUUGAUUGGGUGACCAGCGAUCCUAAGAUUAUGUCAUCUUCAAAUUUCAUUACGAGGCUCAUGGAUGACAUCAAAUCACAUAAGUUUGAGCAAAAGAGAGGGCAUGUGGCCUCAGCUGUUGAAUGUUACAUGAAGCAAUAUGGUGUCUCUGAGGAACAAGUAUACAGUGAAUUUCGAAAGCAAAUUGAGAAUGCAUGGCUGGAUAUUAACCAGGAAUGCCUCAAACCUACUGCUGUUUCAAUGCCUCUCCUUGCUCGUCUUCUCAAUCUUACACGAACCAUGGAUGUCAUUUACAAAGAGCAAGAUUCGUACACACAUGUUGGGAAAGUGAUGAGGGAUAACAUUGCGUCUGUCUUCAUCAACGCUGUAAUAUAACCAAAUGUAGUAGUUGAUUACCAUCCCGUGUAUUGCCUUGUGGAAGCAGUAAUAUCUAAUAAAUCACUAUAAUAAGGUGAAGGAGUAGAAAUAUGAAAUAAAUCAUUGUAAUACGGCAAGGGGACACAUUAUAUGAAGCACCUAGUUUCUCUGGGUU